UUAGUAAAAAUAACAAGAUAAAAACAAACUAAUAAGAUUUCCUAUGCCUUCCCUUUCCUCGAUCAUCUCGCAGCAGCUGAGGAGAAACCAAGGCUCCGAGACCAGCCCAUCGCCUUCUCAGAUCUCCGAUCGACGAUCUCCUCUGAUCUCUGAUUGAUGGUGUACCAAGAAUGGGUGAAGCGAUGAACGUCUCCUCGGACUGAAGGAUUAUCUGAUAUCAUCUGCACGUGAGACUGUGAGAGGCCACUGGACAGUUGUUCUGAUGCAGUCACAUUCAGAAGAGACUGCAACUGAGGUGGAGCGAGAACAUAGUGCAUUUCCACAAAAUGUGAUUAAUACUCCAGAGAAGCAAUCGGACACUGCCUCAGUUGUUCUCGAGGAUACUGUUGACCGAUCCUUUGAAAGUAUUCCAAACCAAUUGGUGCUUUAUGACCAUAGUGGAAGUGGUACAAGCCAGGAUGCUCUUGUUGCUGUUGAACCAACUGAUGAUUUUAGUCUAACCUCUGAAAGCUCAUAUGUGCCAACGCCUUCUAGCCGAGUUUUGCCAUCUGUAGGGGCAUUCACAGUACAAUGCGCUGCUUGUUUUAAAUGGAGACUCAUUCCAACUAAAGAGAAAUAUGAAGAGAUACGUGAAACUAUCUUGCAAGAGCCAUUUUUGUGUGACAGGGCGCGGGAGUGGCGCCCUGACAUAACUUGUGAUGAUCCAGAAGACAUAUCUCAAGAUGGCAGCAGACUUUGGGCAAUUGACAAGCCUAACAUUGCACAACCACCUCCUGGAUGGGAAAGAUUGCUUAGGAUCAGAGGAGAAGGAAGCACCCGAUUCGCAGAUAUAUAUUAUGUUGCACCUUCUGGAAAGAGACUGCGUUCAAUGGUGGAAAUCGAGAGAUACUUGCUUGAACACCCAGAGUAUAUCAGAGAUGGGGUAACUAUGUCUCAGUUCUCAUUUCAAAUUCCAAGACCUUUGCAAGAGAACUAUGUUAGGAAACGUCCACGUCCACCCUAAUCCUCAUAAAGGGUGGUUUAGGAUUGCCAAGGCCCCUGGAACCUGAAGAAGUGAACCCUCUAUCUUGGGAGGCUCCACCUAUUUAGCCCAGAUAUGCAGACUGGAAGAUCAAGGUCAUUAGCUAUCAUCAAUGGACAUCCUGACCAUCCUCCAUCCAUGGGGUCACCAACACCCAAAAGAAAGAAGAAAGCAGCAGCCAAGCCUCCACGGAAACGAUCAUUUGCUAGGCCAUCUACAAUUUCAGACUUACAGACUGAUGACAAAGAGCCUCCAGAUAGUGCCCCUCUUGUUGAAUCAAUGCCCUUCAAGAAAAAGAAAAAAGCAACAAGCAAGCGGCCGGCUAAACAAGUAUUGGGCAACUCACCAGCAAGCAAGAAUCUGCAGUCAGGUGGCACAGGGUUAUCAGCUUCAUGCACUGAUCCACAAAUUGAUAGCCCAGGACACAAUGAGCAUCCAGCUUGCUCCCUUCCUGUUGAACCAUCACCUUCAAAGAAAAAGAAGACAAUGAGCAAGCUGCCAUGUAAACGAGCAUCAGGCAGUCCACCUGAACACCAACAUCCGCAGUCCGGUGGAGUGGGCUUGUUAGUUCCAGAUAACGAAGAUGAGGGAGGUUAUACUACUCCGACCGAAUCAUCAUCACCGGUGAAGAAAAACACAGAAGUAACCAAGCCAUCACCUGAGCAGGCUUGUGGUGGCAGUUCUGAAUGUAAUAGGCCAAGGAUCAAGAUCAUUGGACCAAAGCAGCCAGGGAGCCCUCCUCUGGAGUCAAAAGUAGUUUACUUUUGAAGGCUUAAUGCCUCUUUAAGCUCUGCUAAUCUGCCUCAUUGUAAUGGUGCCCUCUUGGGAAAGAAAAUGGAAGAAUAGUAGGUUGAAAUACCAGUUGAACUU